GCGGUAGAUUGUUGCACGUGGAGCGGUUGGUCCAACUGUGGGACCAAGUGGACAGCAUAGUCCUUGAAAAUGUCUGAUCGGGGAAUUGAGCAGCAGCCACAGGUGGAAGUGGUGAUGAAGGUGGAAGGUGAACAGCCUUCAGCCUCCACUCCUCCACCUCUGACUGCUACUCAGCGGAUGAAGAGGGAGUUGGAAGAACAGUUGCGGCAGCAGCAGGCCAAGCUUGCAGCGUUGGAACAGCAGGAGGCAGUUGAGCUAGAGGCUGCAACAGAUCAUUCCGGAAGAGAAUAUAUGUUGCAGCAGCUAGACAAGGCGCUCACAGAUGAUCGUUGUGCGCAAAAAUACAUGGCAGAGAUGAUCCUGCUGGAACACACCAGUUCACAAUUCACGAUCUGGGAUGACCGCUUUGUGCAAUUGGAGCGUCGGGUUGACGAGCUGUCAGCUCAACAGUCCAAGAUCCUGGAUUUUAUCCAGAGCUUGACUGCUCAGCUGACAGCCACCAAGCUGAUUGCCCCUCAGCUCCCUCUGCUGAAACCCAAACUCUCUCCUCCUUCUUCGCCCCCUUCUACACCCCCUGGUUCAGUACAUUCAUCCCGGUCACCAUCCCAUUCCCAAAAGGCCUCAACAAAGGCCACCUAUGCUGCUGUUACUGCAGGAGACUACAGAGGUCCCAAGAUCCCUGCUCCCAACAAGUUCAGGGGCGAUGACCCCAAGACUGAUGUUGGGGACUGGGCUGUAGGUGAAUCUGCAGUUGUUUCAGUUGAGACUGUAUGUGAUGAUGUUUGUUUGGGGACUGCGCGGGCAACAUCCUUCUGCUAUGAGGAUCCUGACCUGGAUCAGGACCCGGGGCAGGAUGAGCUUCAGUCCCUUGCUGCCUUCUUCCUUCAUCUGAAGGAACAGAAGAAGAGCAAGACUGAUCUCAUCAUGCUUCGGCCACUGAUCAACAGCACCAGGAUCACUGGGCUGUUGGACUGUGGGGCCACCAGGAACUUCAUGUCUCCCAGUGCAGUUAAAAAGCUGCAUUUGGGCAUGAAAGUUCAGCAGCUGCAGCAACCGCUGCUGGUGCGGAUUGGUGACUCUACAGUGCUCAGCAUCAGGGAGAAGGUCAAGGGUAUCCCUGUGACCUUCGAUACUGCUGGAAAAGUCAGACACAGUCUGAACUUUUACAUUUUCCCUGAGCUGCCUUUUGACUUGGUGUUCUCCAUGCAGUGGUUGAGGGCAGUCAACCGUAGGAUCGACUGGCAGAUCCCUAAAGUUGAGCUACCAGACAGCCAGGGUGUGUAUCAGCCAUGCAUGAUUGCUGCUGAUCACCACCCUAAGACUUCCUGCUACUGCCAGAGAGCGAGGGAGUUUCAUGCUCUCUCACGCCAGUACCACCACGAGCGUCUGUUUAUUGCUUUGGUCAAGCAAACAGAUGCUCCCCUUGUUUCAUGUCCUCCUGAGAUACAGCAGGUGGUAGAUCAGUAUGCUGAUCUGAUGCAGGAGCCCUUUGGGUUACCCAACCGGCCAACCAAGCAUCACAUCGAGCUGCUGCCUGGAGCGGUCCCUCCCAAGGGCCGCAUCUACAGGAUGUCCCCUGCUGAGCUUGAGGAGCUCAGAAAGCAGCUUGAGACCCUGACCAGCAAGGGCUGGAUCAGUCCCAGCACUUCUGAAUUCGGUGUACCUGUUCUCUUUGUGCCCAUAGGGAACGGCGAGUUCAGAAUGUGCAUUGACUACAGGGGUCUCAAUAAGAUCACUAGGAAGAGUAUUGUGCCACUUCCUAGGAUCGAUGACCUCCUGGAUAUGGUGGAGGGCUGCACAGUGUUCAGCAAAGUCGACCUGAAAUCUGGCUACCACCAGAUUGAGAUGGCAGAGGAGGAUGUCUACAAGACAGCCUUCAAGACCAGGUAUGGGACUUACGAGUUCCUGGUCAUGCCAUUUGGACUUUGCAAUGCACCUGGCACGUUCCAGACAGAGAUGCACCGUAUCUUCAGGCCGUACCUGGAUAAGUUUAUGGUUGUCUACCUGGAUGAUAUCCUGGUAGUCAGCAAAACUGUCAGGGAACAUGCGGAGCACUUGGCUCUUGUUCUUCAGUCAUUACGUGAUAGCCAGUACAAGAUCAACAGAGAGAAGUCCUCCUUUGGAGUUCCCUCUGUCAUCUAUCUGAAUCAUGUAAUCUUUGGAGAUGGUCUGGCUCUUGAAGCAGCCAAGAUUACUGUUAUUCAGGAGUGGCCUCAGCCUCAGACAGUGAGGAAUGUCCGGUCCUUCAUGGGUUUAGCCUCCUACUACAGAAACUUUGUCAUGAACUUUUCUGCAGUGGCUGCACCCCUGACUAACCUAGCAAAGAAGGACACUCCCUUUCUUUGGUCCCUCCACUGUCAGUUGGCCUUCACACGACUCAAGAAGGCCUUGACUCGUGCACUGAUGUUGAAGUUAUCUGACCCCACUUUGCCAUUCAUCCUGACCACUGAUGCCAGUCAGUAUGGUAUUGGGGCAGUUCUUCAGCAAGAUGAUGGGAAUGUUCUACGGCCUGUAGAGUUUAUGAGUAAGAAGAUCAAGACUCAAAAGCACCAGGACUCUACCUACGAGAAAUAGCUAUAUGCUCUUGUUUGUGCCCUGAAACACUGGAAGCACUUUCUCCUGGGCAGACACUUCAAGAUCUUUUCAG